GCAUACAUAUUAACCACUUCCAGUCCGGCCGCUGUAUAUAAAUGGUCGGACGGUGGCAGUGCAGGGGAGGGUGGCCGUUUUUAAAAGUCCUCCGGCUUCCCUGCCUGUGCGUGCUCCCUGGGAGCGCGCGGCACCACGAUCCGGUGCCUGUUGUGUCCGGAGGACCCAGCAGAACACUGAUCACUGUACGGGACCUCUGUGUGAGGUCCUGAUCAUGUGAUCACUGAUUGACCAAUCAGUGAUCACAUGAAUAGUAGUAAGCAAGAUGUCACUUCUGACAUCACUGCUUACUACUAGUGAAAUCUGUGAAUGAUCACAGAGGUCACAUGGUACAAAGCUAGUCACAACAGCCUUGUACCA